AUGAGACCGCCCACUGGUCUUGCCACCUCUGCGUGGGAGGUGAGUCCCUUUCGCAAACGGUCCUUGCCACCGGCGUCACCGCUCACCCCACGGCUGUUCGCUUCAGAGGCAACUCACGUGCUCACAAACCGCUCCGAUUUCCUCGUUUGUUACAGGUCUGGGGCCGUCUCGCCUCGGCUCCACGUCGAGGAGGGGCCAAUGUCCCUUCGAGAUCGACCAAAGCCCACCACAUAUUUGAGCAUCACCUCCACACCACCUCGGCAAACGGCAGAGCUCCUAUCCCUUCACGACCGAGCCUGAGUUCUCAGCUCGCCCAAGGGCUCAAGUCGUUCACCCGCUCCAUCUACCAAGGCACGUUUCAUUCGAUCAAAUCAAGGUACAACCAUCCGCAUGGACCUUAUGUGACGAGUAGGAUCGAUCACGUCGCUACGAAGUCGGGCCAUUUUCAUGGCUUCGCCACUCUCAACCAUGCUUCACGACGACCCCUCAAGAAUGGCCUCCGCCUACGCCCUUCGCUCGUCAAAUCCAAUUUUGUCGGCUCGAAAGGCUUAGGAAGUGCAAGGCAGUUCUCUUCGAGUCAGCCCUUGUUCGCCAACGUCAUUCACAAUGUUCCUCUUUUUUUGAGGGCUGCUGGUGAUAGAAGUCUCGAUGGCCUGGACGAGAGAAAGUGGAUCAAGACUCGCCGUGCUCUCCGAAAGGCCGAGCUGAAUAGGAACACACAGACAAAUGGUCGAUUGCAAGCUGCCGGGUUCAUGAGCAAGAAGGUCGAGAUGGACAAGUACUUCACCGCGCUUCCCCACGAGGCUCAAGUUGUCGAGGAGAAGGACGCCACCGAUGCUUUGCUUGACCAUUCGGUCGACCUCGACUUUGACCCCAUCAUCCUCAUCCUUUCCGUCGACCCGACCUUCGCCUUCCCCGUCUCUUCUUCAACCAACGAGACCAACCACAGCCCUUCGAUCGUCCAAACCUUCACCUCGAUCGAACAAGCCUACGCCCUGCACGCCCAAAGGAUCAAAGCGCUGCAUGAUCGUCUUUCGCGCGCCGGGGUGUUUGAUGACGUCCAACACGUCAAGACCGAAGCUGUCGCGUGGAUGAAUCCUAUCACAGGAAAGGAGCACAAGGAAGUGCACGUCACGUUCGACGCGCGCCAAUGGACGAGAAAGGACGUCAGGGCCGCUAUCGGGGAGUGGAAUCGAGAGGGCGAGUGGUGGAGGAUCAUUGGUGGGGAGGAGGAAGAGUCCGUUCGUUCGAGUGAGCAGGAUGAGCCGCUGUUGAUGCCCUUGCCGUCGAUGUUCCUCGAGGAUGGGGAUGACGACGAGUCGAUGUAUUCGUACUCGAGGGAGGGGUCGAACUCGGUUCACUCGACGUCAGCUGCUUCGGUCGACGCGUGGCAUGAGGGAUCUUCCGAUGCGGAGGUCCUCUUUGACUUCCAAGUCGACGACGAUGGGACGAGCGCGGCAUGGGAGGCAGAAUCGUCGGGUGUGUCCGAUUACGAGGACGGCGUGCGAACCUUUUUGGACGAGUUAGAUGGAUUCGGUGAUUCUUUCUCGUCGUGA